AUGAAGGUCAUCCUGGAGUCUUACAAUCCUGAGUGGCCACUCAAGUUCCGACAAGUACAAGGGCAACUUUUGUCAAUUCUCAAGGACGUGCCAAUUAUAUCGAUCGAACAUGUCGGGAGCACCUCCAUCCCCUCGAUGAAAGCCAAGCCCGUCCUUGACAUCGACAUCAUCGUUCCGGCAUCCUCCCUCUCAGCCGCACGGAGUGCCCUCUCUGACGCAGGGUAUACUGACUGCGGUGAAAUAGAUAUCCCUGGCCGUGUCGCAUUUAGACAGCCAGAAUAUGGAAAUCUUGACGCAGCUCACGGCGCGGGAGUACCCGGAGAGUUACGACGCCAUACCUACGUUGUGGUGGAAGGGUGCUUGGCAUUGAGGAAUCAUCUCGAUGUAAAGAGAGUGUUGUUGGAGGAUCAAGCGUUGCGUGAAGAAUAUGCGCGCGUGAAGUGCAAUUUGGUGGAUAAAGAUUUGGAGCACAUGGGCCAGUACGUGGCUGGGAAGACAGAGGUUCUGUGCAAGAUUUUACGAAAGGCUGGUUGGAGUGAGGAAGAACUAGACCCGGUGAUUGAGGCAAAUAGGUGA